CUAGCUAAAACCCCCCAAAACCCUUCUCAACAGCUGUUAGUCGGAAAACCCAUCUCCGACGACAUCUCCGGUGAAGCUCCGGAUGUCUGCUACUUUGCGCCGUUUACACACAGCUCUGCUCAAGGUCUGUCUCUCUUCCCAACUUUCCCUCUUUCCCUUAACAUCACACACUUUAUCUACUCAUUGCCUUCAAUAUCUCUCACUGCCCUUCACAACCAUUAAUUCCCAUUUUACAUAUUUAAGUCGUACUUAUUCUACUACCUCAUUUGACGGUAAAGAUAUAAUCUUUAUUGACCAGAAGUUCGACUUUCUUGAACAAUUUUCCCCUUUGGCGCACUUAUCAAACUCACCAAACACUGUAAUAAAUUCGAAAGAACGGCGUAAAAUUGUGAUUGGGCUAUCAAGAAUGAUUAAACAGGACCAAGAUUCUGUAUUAAAGGGAUUUUCCAGUAGGUUUUGCCCCUAUUUGCUUGUAGAAAUCUUGAAAUUAUUUGAAAACCGCGAAGUCUCAUUUGCAUUUUUCAAGUUGGUCUUCUGUGAUGCUUCGGAAUUCAUAGUCCAGUCGUGUUGUAUUGUCGCACAUGUCUUGGCUGCUGAGGGGUUGAGGUUGAUGGCACAGGAUGUUCUCUCUUGUGUAAUUAGUAGAAUUGGUGAAUGUAGGAGUAAUGAGUUGGUAGAGUUUAUGUGGAGAGAGCAUAGCAAGUAUGAGUCAGAUUUCUCGGUUCUUGAUUCUUUGAUGAGGGUGUUUGUGAAUGCAGAUAUGGGUUCCCAAGCAUUGAAAAUCUGGGAUAGAAUGAGGGAGGUCAGAAUUAGACCAAGUUUAUCAGCUGUUAGCAUUUUCUUUGCGCUGCUAAUUAGAGUUGGUGAUUACGGUAGUGUAUGGAAGUUAUUUAGAGAUAUGAUCCAAAGGGGACCUUGCCCGAAUAUUUUUGUGUAUAAUGUGAUGAUUCUUGGCUUUUGUAGAAAAGGGUGUGUUAGAACAGGAGAAAGCUUGUUGUUUUUGAUGAGGAAGUAUGGUUGUGAACCUGAUGUUAUUGCACAUAAUUUGCUAAUAAGUGCAUAUUGUGUGAGAGGCUGGACAUCUCAUGCUCUGAAUUGGGCGCAUUUUAUGGCGGAAAGCGGUUGUGAACCAAGCACUGCCACAUUUGUUACAAUUAUUAAUUCACUCUGCAAGGAGGGCAACAUUGUAGAAGCAAGGAAAAUGUUUGAAGAAAUGCAAGAAAUGGGUGUUUCACCAGGCACUGUGACAUACAAUGCUUUGAUGGAUGGCUAUGUAAAGGCAAGAGAAAUUGGUGAGGCUAAUAUGCUCUAUGAGGAAAUGCGGAAUAUGAGAGUUGCUCCUGAUGGUAUAACUUUUAACAUUUUGGUUGCAGGAAACUACAAAUAUGGGAGGGAAGAUGAUGGCAACAGGUUCUUAAGGGAAUUAUCUAUGAUGGCUUUGAUUCCUGAUUGUUCAAUAUCUGACAUGUCCAUUUCAGGAUUGUGUUGGGCAGGAAGGUUAGAUGAGGCUUUGCACUUACUGAAGACUAUGCUUGAGAAGGGCAUACCUGUUAGCAUAAUUGCCAUCAAUUCGCUCAUUUGUGCUUACAGCAGAGCAGGACUGCAUGAGAAAGCUUUUGAAGUGUAUAACAUAAUGACAAAAUUUGGUCUUACUCCUUCUGCUUCCACAUCUACUUCUCUGCUGAUAGGUCUAACUAAAGUAGGGAAGCUUCAAAGUGCCAGAAACCUUAUGGAUAAGAUGAUGCAGAAAGAGUUUCCAACAAACCAAGUAGCUUUCACAGUGCUUCUGGAUGGACAUUUCAGAAAAGGGGAUAUCAUGGGAGCUUUUAGCCUGUGGGAAGAGAUGGGAAGGAGAGGGAUGGCUCCUGAUGCUGUUGCCUUUUCUGCCUUCAUCAAUGGACUUUCUAAGGCCAAUUUUGUUGAAGAUGCAUAUGAUUGGUUUAUAGAAAUGAAAAGAAAAGGACUUGUGCCUAACAAUUACACUUAUAAUUCUUUAAUUGCUGGUUUUUGUAAUUGUGGGAAAUUGGACGAGGCAUUGAACUUGGAAAAGGAGAUGAGGCAAAGUGGGCUUCUUCCAGAUGUCUUCACCAUGAAUAUCAUCAUUAAUGGGUUUUGUAGACAAGGAAGGAUGAAAUCAGCAAUUGAUACCUACAUGGCAAUGCACCACAGAGGGAUAAUUCCAGAUAUAGUUACUUACAAUACUCUCAUCAGUGGAUAUUCUAAGGUAUUUGACAUGGUGAAUGUGGAUAAUCUUGUAAAUAUGAUGCAUGCCAGUGGUUGGGACCCAGAUAUUACAACCUAUAACAUAUGGAUUCAUGGUUCUUGUAGCAGCAGGAGAAUGAACCGUGCUGUUAUGAUAUUAAAUGAGCUUGUUUCAUCUGGAAUAGCUCCAAAUACAGUGACAUACAACACUCUAAUGAAUGGUGUUUGCAACGAUAUAUUGGAUCGAGCAAUGAUUUUGACAGGAAAAUUGCUUAAGAUGGGGUUUGUCCCAAAUAUUGUUACGACUAAUCUCCUGUUGUCUCAUCUUUGCAAGCAAGGUUUACCUCAGAGGGCCUGGAUGUGGGGGCAGAAGUUGAGGCAGAUUGAAUUUGAGUUUGAUGAAAUAACGUACAAGCUAUUGGACAGAGCAUACCAUGACAUACAUGGAGAUGCUAAAUAUGUAAAAGGGACUGCAGGAAAGAUCCUUUUUCUAGAUUUUCUUAUGUACAUUACCUAUGACUACUUGUGCAGAAACAAGCUUUGCAGUGAAAAGAGUGAUGAAUCUUUUGAACUGCUGGAUUAUGGGACUGCAGGGUACUCAAAGACAACUUGCAGGGUAGCUUUGUAGCAUGUUCAUAGAAGGUUUGAUACAUUGAAACUGAAGUGAUGAAAAAACAAGUAGUUCAAAAAAAAAAUUUGGAACCAACUCUAAGUUGGGCAGCAACCACUAGUAAUAUGAGAGGCUGGAAACCUGGAAAGGAAAAAAAUAUUCAUAAUUGAAGAGGUUGCUGCCUCCACUAGAAUUGAACGAUGAAGCAGUACUUUCUCUCCUGCCGAAAUUGCUUAUGCUAAAUCACUGAAAGCUUUUCACCAGUAUUUGUGGCUACUGCUUUGAUAGCUAUAAAGAAUGACCUGAAGACCCAUGUAGUGAAUUGGAAAAGUGGGAUACGAAUGCUGUGGAUCCUUGUAGUUUGGAGGAUGGUUACCUGCUCUCCUACUGGCUCUGUCUCUGCCCUGUAAGAACCUUUCAAUGAAGCUACCAACUUGCUUAACAAGAUUGAAAUGCAGCUCGGCACCUUUCAAUGAAGCUACUACCUUGCUUAACAAGAUUGAAAUGCAGCUCGGCAUUCUUUGUAAAUUGGUCCUUGAGCAAACAAGACAUCAUUAGUGCAUACUGAUAUCGUCAGUGGCAUGGGGAGACAAAUUGAUGUGGGAGCAGAAAGAAAUCUAUUUGCCGAUAUGAACAAUCAAGCCAGCAGGCAUUGCUAAUUCUUCAGUUGGAGAGUUAGGCGAUCAACGGCUAUUACAGUUCACAUGGGAGUGGCAGAAGCCAUGGAAAUUCUCAGAAUGAAUUACAGAUUGUGAUGAGACUAUCAUCAUAAAUUCUUACAUUAUAUAUAUACACACACACAUAUAUAUAAACUUUUUAUGCAUUGAGCAGCUCUGGGCUUGCAUGUAUCAUUUACUUUUUACACCAAACCUCAUCAACUACAUUAAGGUUUCAUUAGUUAUGCCUUCUUAUGAAAACAAAGUUUUGAUGUCCAGAAAUCGUGGAAUCUU